AUGACUCAGUUGUCAGGGAAUUCUUUUUCACAAGCAUUUAUUGAUUUUCUCUGCGGAUCUAAACAAAAAACAAAGAAAAUGGCGCAGAAUAUGUUGGAACAGCAGUUGGUGGCUGCCACUAAUAUGAUGGAACAGCAAGUUGACGCAGAGAUUGCAAAGAUGGAGACAAUGGAUGAAGAUGACUUUGAGGUUCUGCGUAAGAAACGAAUUCAAAACAUGAAAAAAGCCCAGGAAUUGAAACAAAAAUGGAGAGCAGCCGGCCAUGGAGAAUAUUUCGAAGUUCAGGAUGAAAAGGAAUUUUUUGGAGAAUGUAAAAAGAGUAAAAAUGUUGUUUGUCAUUUUUAUAGAGACUCCACAGACAGGUGUAAAAUCGUUGAUAAACAUUUGGCAAUUUUAGCCAAAGAACAUAUGGAGACCAAAUUCAUUAAAAUUAAUGCUGAAAAAGUUCAAUUCUUGGUUGAACGUCUCCGUAUUGUCGUUCUUCCAACUAUUUGUCUUGCCAAGGAUGGCAAAACAGUUGACUUUAUCGUUGGGUUUGAUGAAUUAGGAGGUGCUGAUGACUUCAAAACUGAAGUUCUUGAAUGGCGCAUUGCUAAAGCUGAUAUCAUCACUUAUAGUGGAAAUCUUUUAGAUCCCCCAGGUUCGGAAUCUUCAGUAGGCGGCAAGAAACCAUCAUUUCUUGGGCAAACCACUAAGAAAAACAUUCGAGGUAGAAAUGAUGACGAUUCUAGUGAUGAUGACUAUUGAUCUAGUACAAAUAACAAGAAACUCUUGUGGUCUACAGGGUGUCAAAUAAAUAUGUCCCCCCUUGAUUUCAAGAGAAUGAACUUUUGUGCAUAAAAGUAUAUCUAGUUGAG